CAGUAAAUCAGCUGGUUGUGAACAACAUAGAAAUAACCCAAGUGGUUGUAAUUGGUCUGUUUUGAUUAUUACAUUUCUAAACAAGUUUUAGAAAUAUUCUAAUGUUUUAAAAACUUAUACUGCACAUCUGCUUAUAAAUAAUAAUAAUAAUAAUAAUAGUAAUAAGAAGAAUUUCAAAAGAAUUCAGAUUGCCCCACAAACCUAUCGCACAAGUCGUUUGCAAUGGAUAUUUUAAAGGCAGAAAUAAUGAAGAAAAGGAAACAGCUGGAGGAGAGUAAUAUUUUGCAUAACAAUAAGAAAUACUUUCGUCGCGGAGAACUUGCCGCGAAGGAACAAGAAGAAUACUUGGAAAAGUAUGGGCACAAAAAGGACACUGUCAAAUCUGACGUCAGCGAUCAUUCUGCGGAUUCUGUAGCAAACAAUGGUCAGGAGCAUCUAGCCUUGUCAAGGCCUGAAGUCAUACGACGCUUACGUGAACGAGGAGAACCGGUUUUAUUAUUUGGUGAAUCGGAGCUAGAAGCAUUCAGAAGACUGAGAAAACGGGAAAUCCUUGAACCAGAAGUCAACAAGGGAUUCCGCAAUGAUUUCCAAGAAGCUAUGGAGCAGGUUGACCAGGCAUACCUUGAUGAAAUAUUCGAAUCCUCGAAACCGCAAGACGGAGAAGGUAAAGGCGAUGUACACGUGCCUGACGAAGGUGUGACCUACGACGAUAUACAGAAGAUGUCUGCCAAGCUGAAUUGUGGGGACAGAGAAUACGACAUGAACGUCAUCACUCAGUUUUUGCAAUUCCUCGUAAAAAUGUGGGGCAAUCAGUUGAACAGUAGAGCUGCUAUGGAAAAGAAUAGCACUAGAGGAAAAAUGGCUAGUGCUACAUAUGCUCAGACUCGAGAAUACCUCAAACCCCUACUCAGAAAGUUGAAAAACAAGUCUUUGCCUGAAGAUAUUACCGACAGUUUGACUGAAAUAGUUAAACACCUUCUUGAGCGCAAUUAUAUAUUGGCAAGCGAUGCAUAUCUUCAAAUGGCUAUCGGAAACUCGCCUUGGCCAAUUGGUGUGACUAUGGUUGGUAUUCACGCUCGUACUGGUCGUGAAAAAAUUUUCUCCAAAAAUGUUGCCCAUGUGAUGAAUGAUGAGACGCAGCGCAAGUAUAUACAGGCACUCAAGAGACUGAUGACCAAAUGCCAGGAGUAUUAUCCUACAGAUCCAUCUCGAUGUGUAGAAUAUGCAAAAACAAACUGAACUUUGUAUGUACGUAUGAAAAUAUAUUAUCUGAAUUUUCGUAUUACCUUGUAUGUAAUUGUAAAUAUAUUUAAAUUCAAUCAAUUAAUAAAUAUUAUGUUACUUCAACUGUA